AUGGCAACUGAAUUUGAAGAUAUAAAACUGGAAGAUAUCCCGGUCGAUGACGUGGAAUUCGGCGAUUUGGAAGAAAAAUACAGCGUUAAGGAUGAAUUCAAUUUCGACCAAUAUAUUGUUGUAAGUGGUGCACCUGUGAUUCCUGAAGCCAAGGUUCCUGUCUUGAAGAAAGCUUUGACCGGUCUUUUCUCUAAAGCGGGCAAAGUCGUUGACAUGGAGUUCCCAAUUGAUCCAGAGACAAAGAAGAGUAAAGGCUUCCUUUUUGUUGAAUGUGGUUCACCAGCAGAUGGUAACAAGAUUAUCAAGGCAUUCCAUACCAAGAGACUGGAUUUGAAGCAUAGACUGUACUUGUACACUGUUAGAGAUGUUGAAAGAUACAACUCAAAUGCUUUCAACACUGAGUUCAAGGAACCUGCUAUGCCUGAGUUUGUUCCAUCUAGUUCUUUGAAGAGCUGGUUGCAAGAUGAAGAGGUCAGAGAUCAAUAUGUUCUGCAGAAGGAUGAUUUGACUACCGUUUUCUGGAAUACGACGCUAGAGGAUGCGGACAAUGUUGUGGAAUCGAGGGAGAACUGGUCCAGCAACUACGUCAGAUUCUCUCCUAAAGGUACCUAUCUAUUUUCGUACCACGAUCAAGGUGUCGUCGCUUGGGGUGGUCCUCACUUUGACCGUCUAAGAAGAUUCUAUCAUCCUAAUGUAAGAACUUCUUCCGUGUCACCAAAUGAAAAAUACUUGGUCUCUUUCUCUGCAGACCCAAUCAUUUACAAUGAAGAUGAUAAGGACUCUCCUUUCACUAAGAGAAAUGAAGGUCACCAGUUAUGUAUCUGGGAAAUUGCAUCGGGUUUGCUGAUGACCACUUUUCCAGUGGUCAAGAGUCCUUUCUUACACUGGCCUUUGAUCAGAUGGUCUUUCAAUGACAAGUACUGCGCACGUAUGGUUGGUGGCACAUUGGUUGUCCACGACAGUGAUAACGGAUUCGCCCCUAUGGAAAACAAGGCCUUGAAAGUUCCUGGUAUCAGAGAUUUCUCUUUUGCUCCAAGUGGUGUUAAAUUACAUCCUUUCAGACAGAACGACGAGCCCUCCGUAUUGUUGGCUUACUGGACUCCUGAAACUAACAACAUGUCCUGUAAAGGUACUAUUGUCGAAGUUCCUCGUGGUAGAGUAUUGAAGACGGUCAACUUGGUCCAAGUUUCGAAUGUCAGUCUACACUGGCAAAACAAUGCCGACUUCCUAUGUUUCAACGUUGAACGUCACACAAAGUCUGGUAAAACAUUAUUCAGUAAUCUGGAACUAUGUAAAUUGACUGAGAAGGAUAUUCCAGUCGAGAAGAUCGAAUUUAAGGACUGCGUCAGAGCAUUUGAAUGGGAACCAAAUGGAAACAGAUUUGUUGCCAUUGCAGAGCGUGAUACUGGUGACGAUAAUCCAGCUAUUCCAAGACACGUUAUAAGUUUCUUUGCACCAGAAGUUAAGGAGAAAGAACAAGGGUCAAAUGCUUCAACAGGUAUUAAGAGAUGGAAGCUUGUUGUCGAUAUUCCAGACAAAUUCUCUAACACAAUUUCUUGGUCCCCUGCUGGUAGAUUUGUAGUCGUUGCCACUUUGGUCAAACCAAACGUUCGUAAAUCUGAUUUCAUGUUCUUCGACGUGGAUUUCGCCGGUGAAAAGAAUAUCAAUGAAGCAAAGGAUGUCACAGCGUCUGUGAAGGAUAUUGCUAAACCAGCUUAUCUAUCGGCAACUGACUUGAAGUGGGAUCCAUCCGGAAGAUACUUGGCUGCUUGGUCGAGUGCUUUGAAGCACAAGAUUGAAAAUGGUUACAAGAUUUUCAAUGUUGGUGGUGAUGUGGUCAAGGAAGAAACCGUAUCUAAUUUCAAGAACUUUGCAUGGAGACCAAGACCAGCAUCUCUAUUGAGUAACGCAGAGAAGAAGAAGGUUAGAAAGAACUUGAGAGAAUGGUCUGCGCAAUUCGAAGAGCAAGAUGCUAUGGAGGCCGACUCUGCUAUGAGAGACUUGAUCUUGAGACAACGUGAAUUGUUGAAGGAAUGGCACGAGUACAGAGCCGAGUCCUCCGAGAAGUUGCUCAAGGACUUCGGUUACAAAGCCUUUGACGUUACUCCAUUGGAUGAAGAUGAUGAACAGUACACAGUGGUGGAGGAAGUAAAGGAAGAGAUCUUGGAAGAAAAAGAGGAAAAAGUUCAGGACGAGUAA